AUGAGAUCCACCUCCACUCUAUCAAUUACGUGGACAACACUCUCGCUGGUGCCAGAAACAUGGAUUUCGUCACUCCCUCGCCUUGGUUGCUGUAUGCUGUGCAAACAUCGCUGGAGCACUGGAAAUUCCAUGGGAAGUAGGCUUCGGAGUAUCACCUUUGCGGCCGUGAAAGAAGCUACCAAUAACUUCGACGGGAGUCGAAUCAUCGGCUUUGGCGGCUUCGGUAAAGUCUACAAAGGAAGGCUAAACGACGGCACCAAAGUUGCUGUGAAACGAGCAAACCCCAACUCUGAGCAAGGUGCACGGAGAUGA